UUACAAAUACUUAAAACUUUAAGUAGUGAAAUAAAAAUUUGAAUUUUUAACACUUUUUACUUCUAAAAUCAAGAGCACUGCUAUUUUUAUGAACACUCUAUAUCCAGAGAGUUUGAAAUAAUGUGUGUUCACCGGCAAAAGUAGAAAUUACAUAGAAAUAUCAUCCUACUACUGAUCAAUUUUAUUUAACCUACUUACCGAUCAAUUUGUGUAUACAAUCAAAAAAAAUAAAUAAAAACACCCUAUUUCACAUUUUACACAGAAACAGAAUACCUUCCUCUCUAUAUGCAUCUAAUUCUACUUCCAACAUAAAACGAAAAUUAAUAAAUUAGAAAAAGUAGAUACGUUCUGCGUUCACGUUGCAUUCAAACCAGAGACACGAACACAUUCGUAACAAAAACAAAAAGUUUUCUCUUUCUUUGCGCUGGUGCUAUGCCCUCCAUUGCCAGUGAGUACUUAUUCGGUAUGCCCACGAACAAAAAUAGACAAUUCUUUAUUGUUUGCUUUUCCAUUCAUUUUACAGAAAAUAAUAUACAUGCAUACUUUUAUUUUUAUCAAUUCUCUCUCCCGAUAUCUACUAAGCAAAACAUAAAACCCACCAACAACACAAAACCCGGGAACCGUGGUUGCGAGAAACGAAGCAUCAUAUAAAGCAGAAUGUGAAUAGAAAAGAUACAACAGGCUCAGCAGGCAGUCAAAUGAUUAAGAAAAAACGAACACGAACUAAUCUAAAAUGAACAGAAGAAGUGAGUAACGGAGGGACAGCAAAAUUAGAUGAGGGUAUGUAUGCACUGUGCAGUAGCAAUGUGGACUGAACCUGAAGUAUGAAGUGUGUGGUGCUGGAAACAAAGAUGAAAACAGAAUUGAGCGUAUACGUUAGAGAUGGGAACAAAAGGCAGCAUGGGAUACGUUAUACAAGAUGUAUUUUCGAAAAAUUUUCAUAAGAACUAUCGAACGUAAUUUUGAAGCUCCCAAAUGGAUAUUUUUUCACGACAUGUCUUUUCUGUACGAUAUUACAAAGGAAAAUAUUCAAAAAAAGCUCGGAGGCAUUUCACCGCCAUUGUUUAAGCCAAAUCCCAAAAAACCUCAGACUUUUCGAUGUCCCUGCUGCAUAUAUAUGGGACCAGAUCAAGAAUCCGAACCUAUUAUGAGUUCAGUGGAAGUCAAACAAGAGGAUGAACUCGAAACGAUUUCCAGGGCAACGUCUGAUACUUCGUUGAACUGUGAUGAAAUAAUUGAAAACAGUAACUUAAUUGCAACGGAAAGCUCCGAUACACCAAAAUGCACAGAAGCUAUACAGAACAGUAACUCUUUAAGUUCAGCUGAGACUGAUACAGCUGACGAUCAUUCUAUGUGCUCCUUGGAGGAAGAAAAUAAUGAAAAUCAAAAUUGUUUUUGGUCAAAUUGUACAACAAUUCAACAAGAUGAAGCUGAAAAUUCAGUAGUUCCUUCAACUAGUCAUGAUUUAAGUAAAGAUAUAAGUAAGACUUGUGAGGUUAUUGAUUUGAUAGAUGAUAACGAAACAUGUAAUAGAGUUCCCUUGACGCAACCACCUCAACCACAACCUCCGAAAAAUAAUUUUGAAAAUAUGACUGACAACCCCACUCUAGGGGUGAAUUUGAGUGUUCCACUUUUGCAAAUGAACACCAUCGUGCUUAAAAACAGUGCUGGACUGAUAGAACCUCAAUCUUCAACAAAUAAUAAUUCUUUCAUGGCACCUGUCGUUGGAUCAUUGGAUUUAACACAGUCCCCUGGGCCAAGUGAAACAACCACUAACGGACUUUUCACAGCAAGUGUUAACUCUAAAAACUUAAAUGGAAUUUCGAAUGAACAAAAUAAACCAAUACAUCAAAUGACGUAUAAUCAAAUUCGCGCUAUGGAACGUCUUAAAAUUAUCGAAGCUGUCAAGGCCAAUCCUCUAACCUAUCUUAAUUAUAACAACAAAAGAAGGGUCUUACAUAACCAGGCAUGGCAAACAGUUGCUAAGAUAAUGGGAACACAAGUUCCCACGGUUAAAAAUCGUUGGAAGCUUAUCAAAACUCGCUACUUGAAAGAAUUGGUACUCGAGCGUUAUUCUGAAGGAAAAGUUAAAUCAACUUGGGAAUGCUUCGAACCUAUGGAGUUUUUACGCUCAUCUAUGCAAAGAGAAAUUAAUGAAAUUCAUGACACGCGAAUACAAAUGCAAGACACAAUAAGCAAAAAAAGAGCUAACGAAAUAUCUUCUUCAGUAGAAAAAGAAACGCCCAAAGAUAAUUACAUCAUAGAGGGCACAAUCGAUCAAUCCAAAUUUCAGAUUAGUGAUACAAAUAUUGUUGCUUAUGUUAACACUGAUCAAAACUUCAAAAUCUCUAGCGUUGAAACGGUUAAACUAACUAAUCCAGUUAGGAGGACGUAUGGCAAGAAGCCAAAGCAGACAAAACAGCCGGUUGUUUUGGAUGGGAAUAUGAUACCGAUCCUUCAAAACAGACCUGUUAAAAUAACAGCGGUACAAAUUCCUCAAUCUCUUGAUCUCACGAACGAUGGCAACGAUAUGAAUGGAAUAAUAAAUAUCACAGAAGUUUCUCAAACUUCAAGAAAUGAAAUAAACGUGCCGCCAAGUGAAUCCCCUAAAAUAUUGCCUUCACUCCUUGACCUUUAUCUUUCCAGUAAACCUGAUAUAUCAAAUAGCAGUAAAGAUGAAGAAGCUCCACCACCCGCUAAAAAACAACGACAAGCGACACCUCCAGCUAGAACAAAACCCGCCAAAAAAGCUCAACCACUGCAGCGGUUAGACCCACACAAACCUCAAAAAGUUUACCCACCACUGGAUCUUACACUCGAUGAUGAUCUUCCCGAAGACACACUUACCUCAAAAAAAGUUCCCCCAGCAAAUUUUCAGGAAGCUUUUGUCAACGGAUUCCUCAAUACCAAUCACGUUUUUCCGACCUUAGAUCUGACAAAGGAGGAAGAGAAAGAUGAGGAGGAAGACGAUGAUCAGGAUGAAGACAAAGAUCAGGAUCAAGACAAAGAUCAGGAUCAAGACAAAGAUCAGGAUGAAAACAAAGAUCAGGAUGAAGGCAAAGAUCAGGAUGAAGGCAAUGAUCAAGAGGAACUUCAAACGAAAAACAAGAUCGCUAACACGAACGCAAGCACACAAAUAAAUGAGAACAACGAUCAAAAUGUGAUAUGUCUUGAUGAUGAUGAUUCAGUAGGAUCCUAUGAGGAAUUAAUUGUAUAUUACGCUCAAGAAAAUAAAAAUUAAUACAAAAUAAUAAUAGU